AUGAUUCUCUAUAGUUUUUUGGUGAUAAUAUUUAUUUUUGUUGGAAAUAUAAUAGCAUACACAACUUUCUCUGAAGAUGAACUACCUGCACUAAUUGCCCUUGAUAUUCCAAACAGCACAUACAAGGAGUUCCUGAAACCUCUACUGGUAAAGAGAGUUUCCGGAACUGAACAGCAUGCAAAAGUGCAAGAGUUCAUAGUCAACCAAUUCACAAAUCUAGGCUGGCAUGUUGAAAGAGACAACUUUACAAGCGUUACUCCACUUGGGGAGAAACCAUUCAGCAACAUUAUCGUGACAAAAGACAUUGCCAUAAGUAAAAGACUUGUGCUGGCAGCUCACUAUGAUUCAAAAUAUUUUGAGCCACCCAAUGAUAAUUUUAUUGGUGCGACGGACUCUGCCUUCCCGUGUGCUCUACUUAUCGACCUGGCCUAUAGCUUGAAUCAAUUAUUAAGUGAUCAGAACAAGGCGGACGUUACACUACAAAUUAUUUUUUUUGACGGUGAAGAAGCUUUUCGAGAUUGGACUGAUACGGAUUCUUUAUAUGGUUCACGACACUUAGCGAAAAAAUGGGAAGAGACAUAUAUCACAAGAACCGAUUAUUUUCAACAUCAGGCCACCUCAUUAUUAGACGGAAUCGAAGCACUAGUUCUACUAGAUCUUCUCGGCGCCAAAGAUCCCAAAAUAACAAACUACUUCCCCACCACAUCUUGGCUCUACAAAAAUAUAGCGCGGAUCGAGGAACGAUUAUGGAAACAAUCGUUAUUGAAGGAGGAUGAAGAUGAUUUGGACAAGGAUUUUAUGUUUGAUUCGUCACUCGGUAGUUCGGUUCUUAUGAAUAUUAUUUCCGACGAUCACGUACCCUUUAUGAUUAGGGGGGUCCCGAUUCUUCAUAUCAUCACUGAACCGUUUCCAUCGGUGUGGCAUAAAUUGGACGAUAACGAAAAAGCACUUGAUCCCGAUAUCAUGUACAACUUGAAUUUAAUUAUUCGAAUCUUUGUCGCCGAGUAUUUCGACCUCAAACCGUUAUCACUAAGUGCCAAGAAUAACACCAAAACUACUUGA